UCACGAUCCUGGCCUAACAUUACCCAAAGAAUCCCAUUGCAUGAUGGAGCAUGAUUCCUCCUCCAUACACCGCACAGCCUCGAGUAAACAGUCAGGUUAAAAGAUUGUCAUCCACAGAAGAAAUGAGGAUAUCAUCCGAUAAGAUGAUAUUUUGUGCGUCAAAUUCUUUAUCUUAUUCAUGGACGAUUCGUCCCAAGAGCUUAUUUAAUUGGAAUUUUGGCAACAGCAAGUCGAGCAAGGCUGAGCCCUUUUACCAUGACGACGUUGAUCUUCAAUUCCCAUCUUCUCUGCUGAGCAAAACAUUCUUGAAGGGUAGAGAACUGAAAUGCUGCUACAGGGCCAGCCUUGAUGGAUUUAGUGCUACUGAUUUCCACAAGUGUUGUGACUUCAAAGGACCAUGUGUUAUAAUUGGGUACACAAACAAGUCCUUCAAAUUUGGAGCAUUUAAUCCUGAAGGGUAUAGAAGUACAGAUGAUUAUUAUGAUACUUUUGAUGCCUUUCUCUUUUACUGGGCACAAGAGAAUGAUCAAAAUGAACCUUUUGUCCUACCCAAAAUAGGGGGCAGUGGUGCUGCCCUUUUUGAUUAUGCUAGAGGAGGACCUCAAUUUGGAGCAGAUGGAUUGCUUAUUGGACCCCCAUUAGCACCAGUUAUGGGUGGAUUUGCAGGGCCUGAUACGAAUUCGGGGAUUGGUGUUUUGAGUGAAGCUAAGUCUAGAUUGGGACUUUCUUAUGCUAAAAGGGAAGAUGGGAAGGAAUCCUUAUUUGGGGAUGAGAGUAGGGCUGUUGUUGAUGAAGUACUUGUAUUCUGUAGUCCACAAAUUGCAAGCCUCUAUUGAUAUUUGACAAAUAUAUAACGUAUGUACUAUGCAUUGAUAUCCUUUUUUAGUUGAAACCAUCAGAAAUUCAGAGUUCGAACAUUUUAUUCUUUUUGAAUUUUUCUGACUACAGAAAUGUUUCGAGGAA